CAAUUUUGAAGGUUAAAAAAAAUAAUAAUUGCAAAUAUUACUGAUUUUUUUGGACAGAAGAAAUUGGUUGAUCUCAAAUUUUCUCUCUCAAUUCACAAAAUCGAAAACCAAACAAACAUAAAUUCACCAGAGGCUUUCAAUUCUGUCCCCUUUUCAAUCAUCAGUACUAGAGUAAAGUGCAAAAUUAGGGUUCCACCGUCCCGAAACUAAUGAUAGAAUCUCUCAAAGAGCCGGCCGGAACCAAUGACGCCAACGUCGGCGAUGAAGACGGUUAUUUACCGGAGUGGUUUUUGUUGGAACUGUGGUGCAGACUUCCAGCCGCUGAUGUGAUUAGGUUUAAAUGCGUCUCCAAACAUUGGCUUUCUCUAAUCUCAGAUCCUUCGUUCCGGGCUUUAUAUAUCUCCCGACGGUCCUCCUCGCCGGAGGCUUGCCCGUUCGUCCUCUUCUCCUCAAUUGUUCAAUCGGUUGAUGAAGAACAUCCGGCUGAAACGGUCUCCAUCCCAUUCGAAGCUAACAAAUUUCUACAGCUUCGUAAGCUUACCUUACCCGGAAUUGCUGAAAGAUCAUCAGAAGGUACAUCCCAAUUCAAGAUCAGAGCAGCUGAUAAAGGUAUUCUUCUUCUUGAAAGGGAGGUAUUAAGAAGUCUUGAAUAUUCUAUCUGUAAUCCUGUGACCAAGCAUCGUUUCUCUCUCCCUAGGCUCCCUAAUCUUCCCUUGAAUCCAAUCAAUGUGGGUUUCAUUGCUCAGGUAGAAACAGGGGUGUUGAUUAAUUAUACUGUUGCUGUAAUUAAUUGUCCAUACAAUGCCAAACAAACCAUUAGGAUGCAUAAUUUUUCUUCAGAAACAGGGAGAUGGGUGGAUUUAAUAGUGUCUUCUGAACAUCGGGUUAGAAUCUCUAGCUUCCAGAGACCCAUCGUUGUGAACAAUGCUCUUCACUGUAUGGCUACGAUGAUCGGUGAUGUGGUCAUCGGAGGAAUAUUGGAUCCCUUUGCCAAUCCCAGUAAGUUUCGGAUUAUAAAGUAUCCUUUUGGUGUUGAUGAUGGGGCUAAUGAUUGGAAGGGUUCUUUCGGAUGUGGUGUUUCUCAAGACCGCCUCAAAUUUUUCCAACACAUCGUGAAAAGCUAUUGGAAUGGUCACCCAUCUCCAUUUUUAAGAGUAUGGGAGCUCCAGGACAACUAUGAAUGGCGGCUUGAACGUGAUAUAAGUUUUACAGAUAUCUUAUUCCCUGAUGGUGAUCCUUAUACUAGCCACCGGUAUGGUAUAACUGUGGUUUUCUUAUCGUUUCAUCCAUCUGAUCCGAAUAUAGUGUUUUUGUAUUGGAAAGUACCUGGAGAAUUGAUGUCCUACAACAUAGAGUCUAAAAGGAUGGAAUCCCUUCAUCUCAAGAGUUAUUGGCCGCCUUCGAGUUGUAGUGACCAGCUUAAUAGUCCUACUUCGGGUUUCUUUCAAAUGCUUCCACCUUGGCCUACUUCCUUCCCUUUGAAGCAUCAUGAUUCGACUACUUCAGCACCUCCUGCACUUGCUUUACCCGGCCCUCUUUGAGAAUGUGCAUUUUCAUCAUUGAUUCACAUCUCAGUGGUGCUUGAAUGACUAUUCUUUCAUUUCUUCAUAUAGUUCUGUAGUUUCUGUUUCUUAAUAUGCAUCUGGACUCUGGAGUCAACUGACUUGUGCCUAAACAACCUGUCGUCUUAUUUUACCCUGCCAUGUUUGAAAACAUGCCCUGCCUAUUAGCAGUGAUUUCAGUGUUCAGAAAGAGGAUAUCCACUAUAUUAUUGGGGGAUGUUCCGUUUGAUUGCUGUAUAUAUAGACUUUUGAUCGAGCACAAUAGCGAUAUAGAAUCUAUAUAGCGAUCUCCCAUAUAGUGGGAAAAAGACUUCUUGUUGUUGUAUAUGCAGACUUCUUGUUGAGGUUGCGGGUCUCGAGACUGUGGCUUUCUUUCAUAUGUUGAGGUUGUGUGUCUCGAAACAAUUGCUUUCUUUCAUAACCAUUUCGUCGUCCUUGAUUUUGCAUUUCUCCUGGUAAACAUCGUUUUUUUAGGCUUAGGGAGUUAAGUUAGUCGAAAAAUUGGAAACAUUAUCAGAAGCUUACUGAACUUCAGAGGGAUUACUUUACCAACUGUUCUGAUGAAAAUAAGAUCAGUAAUAGAAAACCAGUCCUCAUCAUAGUAAUCAGAUUUUGUUACCAGUUCUGAUGAAAAUAAGAUUAGUAUCGUAUUCAUAAUGCUAUAGUCAAAGAAUGGCUUCAUUUCAAUGCAACUGUUUCUCCCGAGUCAAUGCCAGUUUCACUAUAAAAGGCCCAUUCUUCUAGCACACCUCCAGUUUUGGCCCUCUGUCUACAAAGAGAUCAAAUCAGGGAGCCUUGCCAAUAAUCCUCAUCAUUUUUGUAUCGGUUAACCUUUGCUUCAAAGGCUCCAGCUCGUAUGUUUCUCAAUAAUUUUCUCAUGUUUUUCCAAGUCAUUACAGUUCAAUUUAUGGGACCGUAAAUUUUUCAACAUACGUUCUUGCAUAUAUUUAUUUAUUAUUCUUCCUCUUCUUUGUCCUGAAUGAGAUUUCACAGUUUGAUUUUCUAUUUUUAGAGCUUCAGUUCAAUUUAUACUAAAAAUGAAAAUUUCAAUCGAGACAAUAAUUUCGGGACGGAUGGGGUGCUACACGUGAUAAUAUGCAUUCUUGUCAUAG